AUGAAGAAGGCUAUUUCUGUUGUAUUUGUUGAAAUGAGGCAUCAGUUAUGCAUGUGGCACGUGAUGCAUAAACUUUCUCAAAAGGGUGGUGUUAGGCUAUGCAAUUCCACCAAUUUCAAAGAACGUAUUUGUUAUGUUGUGGGGACGGAUAUUCUUACACCCGAAGAGUUUGAAUCAGGAUGGGAAGAGGCUAUUGGAGAGUUUAAUUUCGAUGAUAAUGACUGGCUUUCUGAUAUUUCUGCACUUAGGGAAUCUUGGAUCCCUGCAUACUAUAGAAUGGAGGAAUUGUCGGGCCUUAUGCGUAUGACAUCGAGGUCGGAGAAUCUUGAUCCCGAUGUGCAAAGUAUCAUGCGAGAAAUUAUUUUUGCAACGGAGUAUACUUUGAACCGUUUAUCUUUUAAUAAGGAGGAGCUAUCUUUAUACAAGAAUCAUGUUCAAUCUUAUAUGAAGAAGGUUCAAGAUAUGCAGAUUGUUGCUUCUCCUCCUAGUACUAGGGAUAGAUUUGCGGAGAUAACAGGUCAAUAUCAAAACGACAAAAAUCCGAUAAGAGUCCCUGUUAGGUAUAAGUCGAAAGGUUCUGGAUCUCACAAACGUUUGAAAUCUAAACAGGAGGAAGCAAUCGAAAAAACAAAAACAAAAGGGAAGACCAGGGCGAAAGAAAGACUGCAAGAAUUGUAA